GGUAAAUUCAAUUGAAUCUCUAUUUUCUUUGUUUGUUGUUUUCGCGUCGUGCUCCGAUGGGUUUAAAUGAAACAUCGAGCCCAUGGUUCGGCGCCCGUCGACCGGUACCUUGCCGGCAAACGCCCAUCGCCGAGUAUAUUUUGAGGGCCUUUUAAGGUUCUUGUAGAUUCAAUCGUGGAAGCUUUCUCCACUUCCCCAAACUUUCCCCUGGCAUCCGGGACGGCAUCGAACAUUGCCAUCAUCACCAGGCAGAGGCGGGAAGACCAGCCAAACGGAGACAUAUCUCCACGCCAGCCUUUCCCUAUCAGCAGGUCGCGCCAGGCUUCAACAUGUAUGAAUGCGGGGAUUGCUAUCGCCGCUUCCCCAGCGGCUGGCGCACCCGUGACCAGCACUGCAAGGCCACCGACCGGCCACAGCAUUCCCGAUUUUGAGUGCUUCACUUGUGUCGAGUACUUCAACGACAACUGGGACCGCUCUGAGCACAUGUGGGACUACUGCCAUCUUCCCGAUGAAUACUACGAAUGCGAGAAAUGCAUCGAGGUUUUUGAGACCCAGUCCGAGGCCACCAGACAUGAGGUUGAGCGCCAUCACUAUUGCCACGUCUGCGAUCGCACCUUCGACAAUCUCAACAGAUCCACCCAGCGACUCGCCUCUGAUCUCGGACUGCCAGCGCCUGGCGAACAAUCUUUCUGGGAAUGGCACCUUCAAGUACAGCAGCUUUGGCAGGCACAAGACGCUUGCUCAGUAUGAAUCUUGCGCGUUUGGCGUUGAGGCGGAUGAGUACUGGAUUAAUAGUAUUACGCAUAUUGGCGAUCAGGAUAUUGUGGAGCCGGAAUACGGGAGUGGAUGUGUAUCACUGGUCGUUGCUGGACUCGGGAACCUAAAUAGAAUAAUAUAAUACUGAAGGUUAUAGGUCGACGGUCCACGGUCCCGAGAGUUAUAUAUACGGAGGAACUAGAUAGCUUGAGGAUAGUUCCGCAGCAUGCAAUUACAAGUCACAUUCGUUGGUAUCA